UUAAAACUUAAAGCUGAGCGGCUCCAUUCAUCAGACCGAGCACGUCCUGGCAGAGGGAGCGGAGAACCUCAGCAGAGGAGAACUUCAGAACCUUCUAAAGAGUUAAGCUGUGAACGUGGUUCCGAUCCCCCGCUCAGUCCUCGGUGGAGCUGUGUGUGAUGGCUGUGAGCUUUGUGAGGAAUGUGCCGGUGUUCCUGUGGAUCCUCCUCGCGCCGUGGGCUCUGAGCGCGCUCAGCAACGAGAUUCACGAAGGUGAAGGUGAGGAGAGUGUGACUGUGGCUCCAAAUCAGCUCCAUGAGCAGAUAAAGUAUAACCUGCGUAGGUCAGUGGAUCUGGACGAGGAGGGCUGCUUCCUGCGGCCCGGUCAGAGCGAGUGUCUGCAGGAGUGCGGCUUCAACUCCACCGCCAAGACCAUCCUCAUCAUCCACGGCUGGACGAUUGGGGGUAUGUUUGAGAGUUGGCUGUAUAAGCUGGUGGCGGCGGUGAAGCAGAGGGAGCCGGAGGCGAAUGUGAUCGUGGUGGACUGGCUCAGUUUGGCCCACCAGCUUUACCCCGACGCUGUUAACCACACGCGCCACGUCGGGGUCAGCAUCGCCGCCCUGCUGGACUGGCUACAGGAUGAGCAGCGGCUGCCUCUGCAGCGGGUGCACCUGAUUGGCUACAGCCUCGGAGCUCAUGUAGCCGGCUAUGCUGGCAAUUUUGUACAUGGAACCAUUGGACGGAUUACAGGUUUAGACCCAGCCGGGCCGAUGUUUGAGGGGGCGGAGGCUCAUAAGCGCCUCUCUCCGGACGAUGCGGAGUUUGUUGACGUUCUGCACACGUACACCCGUGAGGCUCUAGGGGUCAGUAUUGGGAUCCAGCAGCCGAUCGGAGACAUCGACAUCUACCCCAACGGAGGAGACGUCCAGCCGGGCUGCGCUUUGGGAGACGUUCUGUCCACCGCUGCCGCGGGCAACUUCAUGGACGUGAUGAAGUGCGAGCACGAGCGGGCGGUGCACCUGUUUGUGGACUCUCUGAUGAAUAAAGAUCACAUUAGCUUCGCCUAUCAGUGCACUGGACCCGACCGCUUCAAUAAGGGGAUCUGCCUGAGCUGCAGGAAGAACCGCUGCAACAACAUCGGCUACAACGCCAAGAAGAUGAGGAAGAGGAGGAACAGCAAGAUGUACCUGAAAACCCGCGCAGACACACCGUUUGCUGGUUAUCACUAUCAGAUGAAGAUGCACGUUUUCAACAGAAAAAAUGCGGAUGACGCCGACCCCACGUUUUACAUCAAACUGUACGGAUCCUAUAACGACACCGACGAGCUGAGCGUAAACAUCCAAGGCGGAGUUGGCCUGAACUUCACAAACACGUUCCUGGUGUUCACGGAGGAGGACAUCGGAGAUCUUCUGAAGAUCACGCUGAGCUGGGAAGGCCCCACCGAGUCUCUGUCCGCAGCGUGGAAGCACAUUAAAUCACUGUGGUCCUGGUCCAGCAAACCCACCAAAAAAACCCUGGAGGUUCGGAGGAUCCGGGUCAAAUGUGGAGAAACGCAGAAGAAGUUCACUUUUUGUGCUCAAGACCCGUCUUUAACCGAGAUCACACCCGGAAAGGAAGUUACCUUCGUCAAAUGCCGCGACGGCUGGGAAGUGAAGCCUAAGAAAAGGAUCCUAAUGUGAGGUGUUGGUGUCGGAGCGUCUGAGUAGACAGGGCUUCACAGCCCAAGCACUUUCUGGUGGGUUUGACUCCUAACUGGAGGGCUGCGAGGUGACCAGCAGUCAUUCACUAGAGGGCGGUACGGACAGAAGAGGUCACUCUGAGGCUACUCGGAGUUUGAAUCUUUUUGAGCUCCACACAUUUGCUACUAAUGUGUACAGGUUUAUUUGUUUGUUUGUUUUGUUUUUGGUGUUUUUUUGUUUUUUUUUUAAGCCUGUACAUUUUAAGUUUUCAGCAGUACUGAUUUUUGUUUGUUUUUGUUUUUUGUUUUUUGGUUGUUUGUUUUGGUUUUGUUUUGGGGGGGAUUAUUUAACUAUUUUGUCUUUUAUUUAUAACGAAGAGAAAGCACUGUAAAACCGAACUUUAUUUAUCAACCCGAUGCACACGGUGUACCGGUACGUUCGUUCUCCUCGGAGAACUGCUGUUUACUGUUUCGCGGGUUUUACAUGUGAAUGUGUCUGAGGUCAAACAGACUUUAAAAGCCAUUUUAAUGACUCUGCAGUAUUAAACCAGCGGGAGAAUGAAGUAACAGUCGUUCCGUGUUACAGAACAAACUCAAACUCUUGUACAUGUUCUAUGUUCUGUGUUCCGUGUUUUGUAUAUAAUGUAUUUAAAAAUAAAUUGGUAUGUUUGUAAUAA